AUGGCCGGAAUCUUCGAGCAGUCACGUAGCGGAGGAACUCUGUUCCUCGGUGGAAACAAAAUCAGCGGCCAAGACAUUCGCGACCAGAAUGUCCUUGCUACACAGGCUAUUGCCAAUGUCGUCAAGUCGUCGUUUGGACCUUCAGGUCUCGAUAAGAUGAUGGUAGACGACAUCGGCGACGUCACAGUCACGAAUGACGGCGCCACGAUCCUCAGUUUGCUCGACAUCGAACACCCCGCGGGGAAGAUCCUCGUCGACCUCGCCCAACAGCAGGAUAAGGAAGUCGGUGAUGGCACAACGUCGGUCGUCAUAAUCGCUGCUGAGCUGCUGACGAGGGCGAACGAGCUUAUGAAGAACAAGAUCCACCCCACUACCAUCAUCACAGGCUACAGGCUGGCGCUGAGGGAGGCGGUCAAGUACAUGAACGAGAACAUCAGUACAAAGGUGGAUACCCUCGGUCGCGACUCUCUUGUAAACAUUGCAAAGACAUCCAUGUCUUCGAAGAUUAUCGGUUCAGACUCGGACUUCUUCGCCAACAUGGUUGUGGAUGCUAUGACCUCCGUCAAGACCACCAACAACAAGAACGAGACCAAGUACCCCGUCAAGGCUGUCAAUAUCCUGAAGGCACACGGCCAGAGCGCUACCCAGUCCGUACUCGUCAAGGGCUACGCUCUCAACUGCACAGUCGCCUCACAAGCUAUGAAGACCCGCAUUACCGACGCUAAGAUUGCCUGUUUGGACAUCAACCUCCAGAAGGAGCGCAUGAAGUUGGGCGUACACAUCACGAUCGACGACCCAGAACAGCUCGAGAAGAUCCGCCAGCGUGAAGCCGGCAUUGUCGAGGAGCGCAUCGAGAUGAUCCUGAAGGCCGGCGCAAACGUUAUCCUCACAACCAAGGGUAUUGACGACCUUUGUCUGAAGCACUUCAUUGAGAAGGGCGCGAUGGCAGUACGAAGGUGCAAGAAGGAGGAUCUGCGCAGGAUAGCAAAGGCUACUGGAGCGACAUUGGUCAGCACACUCUCAGAUUUGAACGGUGAUGAGAAGUUCGAGGCGGCAAACUUGGGUUACGCAGAGGAGGUAGCCCAAGAGCGCAUCUCUGACGAUGAGUGCAUCCUGGUCAAGGGCACCAAGGCCUUCUCUUCCGCGUCGAUCAUUCUGCGAGGAGCCAAUGACUACGCGCUCGACGAGAUGGAGCGGUCAGUACACGACUCGCUGUGCGCCGUUAAGCGAACUCUCGAGAGCGGACGUAUUGUGCCCGGCGGAGGUGCCGCUGAGACAGCUCUGCACAUCUAUCUGGAAGAGUGGGCAACAUCGGUCGGCUCCCGUGAGCAGUUGGCUAUCGCAGCCUUCGCCCAGGCUCUCCUCGCUAUCCCCAAGACUCUCGCUAUCAACGCAGCAAAGGACGCAACCGAGCUCGUCGCCAACCUGCGAUCGAGACACGCGCUCUCGCAGCGAACCGUCAACCCCACAGACCCCUCUUCGCAGGACGCGAAACAGCUUGCCAAGUCGAAGAACUACAAGAACUACGGGCUGGACCUCGCAAACGGCAAGGUACACGAUUGCGUGAAGGCCGGUGUUCUUGAGCCCAGCAUGAGCAAGGUCAAGCAGUUGAAGUCCGCUGUCGAGGCGUGCGUGGCGAUCAUGCGUAUCGACACACUGAUCAAGCUUGAUCCUGAGGAGCAGGGUGGAGAUGACGGGCAUGGUCACUAG